AUGGCUUUCGCUGGCGUGUCCCUCAUCGUCGAUGGUAAGUUGUGCGACCUCACCUCGUCGCCCUUCGACGCUGGCGUCGACAGCGGAUACCACUUGCUCGUGGUCCAAGGAUACUCCCGUACCAAAGACACAACACCAAACGGGGAGUUCAUCUCGUCUCGUCCUUUCCUGGUUGGUGGCCAUCGCUGGAUUGUCAAGUACUACCCAAAUGGUGAGGAUGACGAUUAUGACAAUGAGGAGUUUAUGUUGCUUAUACUUGAGAGUGACGACGAUGUGGGAGGACAUGAAGGUGUCAGCCAGGGCGUCAAGUUUCAGUAUGAGUUAAGUUUCAUUGAUGAACCAGAGUUGCAGGUGCCAACGAUCAUACGUCGGGAUAACAAAUAUGACAUCGAUGAUGAUAUUUGCUACAAAAAGUUCAUGUCAAACCACGCUCUGGAAAGAUCGAGACACCUUAAGAACGAUAGCUUCGCCAUCCGAUGCGACAUUGUUGUCAUCAAGGCAGAUAACAACACUAAGGAGCAUCCCCGCAAAAAAAGGAAAAACAACACUGAGCAGCAGUCCGCCCGUACCAGUACCACGGAUCCCGUGUUGAUCCAAUUGCCGCCUUCUGACAUGCAAAGCCAUUUCAGCAACCUUCUCUUCACAAAGGAGGGUGCCGACAUUACGUUUGAGGUUGGUGGCAAGAAGUUCGCGGCGCACAGGAUUGUGCUUGCAGCCCGAUCUACAGUCUUCAAGGCACAGCUAUUCGGGGCCAUUGAUGAGGGCGCUACUGCGCCAAGUGUCCUCAAGAUAAAUGACAUCGAAGCAAACGUCUUUAGUACGUUGCUUACCUUCAUCUACACCGACGCAGUUGCAUGGUUUAUCCUAAUGGAGGAGAAUGAAGGAGAUAUAGAGGAAGGAGACUACACUGAGGACAAUGGAGCAGAAGGAGACAACAGUGAGAACAAUGGAGCGGAAGAAGAAGAGAAAGGAGGCGACAUGGAGGACAAUGUACCAAAAGAAGAGGAAGGAGACAACACUGUGAACAAUGGAGCAGAAGAAGAAGAGAAAGGAGAGGUCACUCAUGUGCUAAAUUUGCUUGAAGCUGCGGUCCAUUAUGAUCUCCAAAAGCUGAAGAUAAUCUGUGAAGAGACAUUGGCCAGGUAUUACCUAACCAUAGACAGCGUGGCAGACAUUAUUGUGGUGGCUGAGCGGAGGGGAUACUGCUGGUUGAAGGAUGUGUGCUUGGAGUACAUCAAAUCCCACACCAGCGUGCACAAGGUAUUCACCGCUGAUUUGUUGGACCAGAUCAUCAGAACCACCAGACUCUCCGGCCUGAAGGAGCUCUUCUCCAAGUUUCGUACUUCCUAA